AUGGACGUCGUGGUCGGUACUUGUUUGAAGAUGUGCCCUGAAAAAGAGAUCGAAACGCGCCAGGCGGAGCAUCUGAUUCAUCCUUUGGAAAGCGCUGAUUAUAUUCCCUCCCACAGUCAUACCGGAAGGAUAUGGCGGCUUAAAGGUGAUCCUUCGAAAAUGGUGAAAGCUUAUUUGCACUCCGGGGUGGGCAAGUCUACGUUUCUUGCGGAAGAAUUGCGUCCGUUUGCAGUUGUGGUCGAAACAACGGAUUAUCUUCUGAAACAAGACAUGAUCGUGCAGCAGUUUCCCGCCAGCCAGUGGAUUGAAAUUCUCGAAAGGAUGCUUCUGUUUUAUUUCUAUGCUAGUUAUCGGUAA